GUAGCUAAGGCUGUCCCGUGCAGGACGAUCCUUCCGCUGUUGCCAGUCUCCCAUCUUCCCGUUUUUUUCUUUCUUUCUGAAACGGCAGACUUUUGUUUUUUUGUUGUGGCGAGAAAAGCAGCGCAAGUCAAUUGAAAAGGUGUGAUUGAAUCAAGGCUUUUGUUAUCGUAAGAAAUGCCUUCGACCAGUUGGCGUUCGCAUUUCCUACCGUCGUGCAGCGUGGCCGAACUGCAGGACAUUGCCGACGGCAUGUCGGGAUUUGUGCUACCAACCGAACCGGCAAACGAAGUCUAUCCGGGAGUUCUCCUCGGUGAUGCACCGACGGCGCUAUCAACGUACAAACUGAAUCAACUCGGCGUGACUCACGUCGUCAACGUGGCCCAGGCGCCGACCAUCUCCAUGUACCCACCGUCCGAUACUCUGAAACAUUCCAAAUGGCAAGACUGGGGAGCUGUCGGCGGGUUCGUCCGCACAUCCGAGGCUUAUUACAGACACGUUGGAAUGGAAUUUCUGGGAAUUCCGGCCUACGAUACGAUCACUUUCAACUUGUCCAGGUAUUUCUACGAAGCCGCUUGUUUCAUUGACGAAGCUCUCGCAUCCGGAGGUACCGUUUUGGUUCACUGUCACGCGGGAAUCUCCCGCAGCGCUACCAUCGUUGCCGCUUUCCUCAUGAUCAAGCGCGGCAUGACGGCCCAGGAAGCCAUCAGAAUCAUCAGGUCCCGACGCCCGAUCCGUCCCAACUCAGGCUUCAUGCAGCAGUUGUGUGACUUGAACGAGACCCUAUUGGGCGAGAGAAGGCGGGCCAGGGCUGAUUUGGCCGCUAGAAAUGGUGGCACUUCGGUCGCUGUCCUUUGAUUUCUUACCUUUUUUUUUCUGCGUGUGUGUCGAAUUCUAAACCGAAUUCUUCACUGAAAUCCAUCAUCGUCGAUAUUGCUCCGGGGAUUCUUCUUGACGUUCUUCAUUUUUUUUUUUCCUUAUCUUUUCUCCUGCUGUUCUUCUUCUUCUUCUUUCCUAUCCAUUCUGUAACGCACUUUUUUAUGGGCCAAUACAAUCAAGCAGUUGAUGUCGUAA